AUGGAGAUGGAGAUGGAAUCUUGUGUUCCACCAGGGUUUAGGUUCCACCCAACGGAAGAAGAACUCGUGGGUUACUAUCUCAAGAGGAAGAUUAGCUCUUUGAAAAUCGAUUUGGAUGUCAUCGCCGACAUCGAUCUUUAUAAGAUGGAGCCAUGGGACAUCCAAGCGACAUGCAAUCUAGGGUACGACUCACAGACGGAGUGGUACUUCUUCAGCCACAAGGACAGGAAGUACCCGACCGGAACCCGGACCAACCGGGCGACGGCGGCCGGGUUCUGGAAGGCGACCGGACGGGACAAGGCGGUGCUGUCGAAGAACAAGAUCAUCGGAAUGAGGAAGACGCUCGUCUUCUACGGCGGGCGCGCUCCCAAUGGAAGGAAGAGCGACUGGAUCAUACAUGAGUAUCGCCUCCAGACUUUCCAAAAUGCAACACCUCAGGUACCUAAUUAA